UGCCCGCCACGUAGCAGUGCGGUCUCUCUCCCUUAUCGCUUCGCCCUUCCUUUUCCGCUCUCUUUCACCGUCCCCGCCGCGUCCAUCGUGAGAAGACCUAACCCUAGUCAUCCACCAACUCGAUCGGAGAGGAGAUCGGAGAGGAGAGGAGGUGCGGUGAUCCCGACUUCACUCGGUCCAGGCCUUAAAUCCAAGGCAAUCGAGAGAAGAGAUCCGCGGAUGAAGGAAUAAGGAAACCGAUCUCGAUUUGGUUCGUCAUGGACUUGGAGUGGGUUGCGGAAAGGGGAGGGGAGGGGGGCCUCCUCGUUUAAGAGGAAGAGGAAGAGGAGGACGAGGACGAGGAGUAAGUUACUUGCUGCCGCCGAGUCAAGGCCGAGCCGAAGACGGCGAGGAGGUUUUGUUUGGAGCUUUUCCGUGGCGGGAGGGGAGGGAUUCCCGACGCAACCGUCAAAAAUCUUCCACCCAACACUCUCCAAAGGAUCCAACGGGCUCGAGUGGAGAGAUUCUGCAGGACGAGCACCGCAUAGAGGAGAAGGCGGAGAUGGCUUCUAGUGGAGAGAAGCUGCAGAAGCACCGGCCAGAGGAGAUAGCUCUUAGAACGGGCUCGAGUGGUCAGACAACGCAGAAGCUCCGAGAGAAGGCAGCCACUGAGAAUCACCGUCCAAAGGAGAUUGGCCCAAGUGGAGAGAAGCCGCCGCAUAAGCUCCUCCGGGCAAAGGGGAAGGCGGGCACGAGCUCAAUUGGAGUAACGCUACAGAAGCACCGGGCAGAGAAGGCGGACUCAAGUCGAGGGAUACCGCACAAGCUCCAGGCACCGGCCGGCACAAGCUCUAUUGGAGUAAUGCCACAGAAGUACCAGGCAAAGCAGCAGAUGGGUACCUCUCGGCUUGGACGCCAUCCACCAUGUAUCCAAGUCCAAGGAGGAGUAAGCAACAGAGAGGCACAAGCGGCCACUACCAACCGGCAGAAGCACACCAAAAGUAACAAUUCAUUAUCGACGAGGGCCACUACAAAGCUCAGAUCAGCAACAAACACCCCAUGUCAAAAGCCCACCACUGCCCCUUCCUCCAAUGGCAACACUGCUCCUCCCAAGGAUCGUAAAGAACCUGCUACAAACGCUGAGAAUAAUGCUGUUCCUGUCGCAGAGAACAAUGAUUUGCAAGAAGCGGAUGAGGCAAUCAAAAGGCUGAAUGAAUUGGGCUUGGGAGAGAAUAUCAGCUCUGAGGAGUUCCUUACAUACAUUGACCAGCUGAAUGAACAACCUAAAAUCGAUACUUCCAUUGAACUGGACGAUGCACAGGUCACUACCCUCUAUUUUCAGCAUGCGCGCUAUCGCGUCAGAUACUAUAAGCACUUGUCACAACAACCUAAUACUGAGUUGGUAGAGGAUUCUUACCACAUGAAACUUGUUGGGGAAGAUGAACUCUCCGAUGAGUUUAUUCGCGAGAUGGAAUUUUUUAUGCGUUUCGAGGAAGAUGGCACAUUUGAUUGGUAUUUCUACCCUGAUUACUGCUGGCUUGCUGCUCUGAACGACUACCAACGUCUAGUACCGAUAAACUGUGUUGGUGAGGAGUACGCUUAUUGGGACGACUACCGCGGCUAUUUUAAUAGCUAUCAUACUGAAUUGCAAUAUCUCGACUUCUGCAAGGCAUUGUCGAAGGAACUUAAGUGGAUGGAAGACUAUGUCCUGAAUAAACUGCCAUCUUCUAAGUGGGGAAGAAUAUGCAGCAGAGGAGCCUACCAAGCAAUUAAGAUUGCCACCCGCUUUUCCAAGAUCACUGCUGCUUUGGCCUAUAAUGCCUACUAUGAUUGUUUACAGCACAUGCGCUUUUAUGUUGCUUAUUGCAAGGACAUGGAUAGCUUGUACUUUGAGAUUUGGCAGCGGGUCAACAUGCAAAAAAAGAGUUUCAGAGAUUCUUUGGAGGAAGUCUACAACCUCAACAAGUUCCCUUCACGGCAAGAUAAAAUGAAGGAUGCAUUGGAGAAUAACUGUUCCCACAUGGAAACUGUGAUUGCGGAGGAUAAAGCUCUGGAGCUGAUUGCAAAGGCAGUUGAAAGUCGGAUGAACAAAGCAAAAUUCUACGAGCAGUAUAUCGAAAAGAAGAUAGAUAUUGCCCAAGCUAUUGGAUUGAUUUCCACGGAUGGGACUGAAGCAACAUGAUGUGCUUAACUUAUAGUGUUUUUUUUUGGGAGGGCUUAGCUUACCUUUCUUUUUAUAUCAGUAUCAGUAGAUGUCGAUGCCCCGCCAGCGCCUGCAGAAAUAAAGAUCCCGAACCAAUGUUUUUUUAGCUGUUAUGAUUAAUUCGGUUUCCAGGCUCCGGCCCGAUCGAAAGCAUUGUAAUUGAUAAUGUUAUGUGCGAUACAUUUAGCGUACGUUGCAAUCGUGCCUCGGAGUGAUUCGACUUGCUGAUUCGGAAGAUGAAGUUUUUUUUUUUGCAUGAAAUUGGGCUAUCCAAUUAGCUUGUUGUUUGCUUUGUGGUCGACAUGGAUGAAUGUGAUUGUAUAUAGAGGCUCACAACCGUGUCUUUGUGCUAACUGCCCUAGCUAGAUUAUGCAAGUUGAUAUCAGCAAUUUGCUGCUUUAUAGGACACUGAGAACAAAAUACAUCUACAGGAGAGUUUUUUUUUUCUUUGAAGUUUGGUCAAGUUUUUUCAGUUCUUUUUUUUCUAUUAAUCCUGAUAAGUUGAGACUUCCUUUGAAAUUGAGGAAUUGCAUAUAAGAUCUCUGUAAGAACUGAACUAGCUCUGUGAGAAGUGUUAUAAAAUUCUUCGUUCCAAA